UAAAUACGUAAUCUCAUCUGGGAUUCCGUUCAUUCAGUGCCUUAAAGCAGCGUAAAUUAGAAUGAUCAGAGUUACUACGUGCCUGUUGGUGUUCGUAUUCUUUGUCUUGUACAUCCAUCAAAAUCAUGCCGCCACCAAAGUGCUUUACGAAUUUCACAUCAGGGAAGCCAACCAGCAGCGCGAUGAAAUGGGGGAGUUCAAGGAUACGUCCGAGGAAUCUGACGCGGAACCCGAACUGAUCAUAACGGGCAAACGAACCUCUUCGUACGUUUUUCCCGCCAAGGAUAACAACUAUGUGUACGUGGAAACGGCCAACUAUGUGGCGGAUAACAAUGGCUAUCAUGUCAAGUACAACAUCACCUUGGAUACCGUGGAGCUUGACCGUCGCCUUAGCGGGCAAGCACUUAAGACCACCGCUGGUUAGGCGACACAUCGAGUAUUAACCUAGUGACUAAGUCGUAGCUGUAGCCAAUACUACAUUAUUUAUUCGAACUAGAAAGUGACAAGUUCUCAAAGCACCAUUGCAAAUAAUAAAAGGAACUUUGAAAGCGAG